AUGAUCGAAAUCUCUGAUUGGGAACUUUGUUUUGGAAAGUGUUAUCAUUGUGCACAAGAUGAUGAUUAUAAGAAGGCACACCCGGCCAACCCUAAUGUACAUAACACACCUUACAAUUUUUUUUCGAUGAAUUUGGGAAGUAGUAAUGAUUAUUGGUGGGAAAAAUCGAUUGAGAAUAUGGGAUUGGAGGAGCUGGAAAUGUACGCGGUUGCUUUGGAAGAAUUGAAGAAGAAUGUGCUGACAAGUGCUGAUGAAUUGGAUUUGUUGAAGAAAUCUCAUAAUAUGGGAAUGAUGAACGUUGAUUUGAAUCAGAUGAUCACUACUUCAUCAACUGGUGCUAGUAAUUUUGAGGUUGAUUUGAAUGCCAAUCAAGUUUCCUCUGCCAAUCCCAACGUCCCUUAUGGCUUUGGCACAGAGUAG